GUGGCGAUAGUGACGGAAGUAGGGGUACAAAGUUUGGUUCGAAACUAAACACUCCUUGCUUGUAGGAAACACUGUCUGCACAAGCUCAAGCUCAAGCUGUAGCUCAAGGACACAAUCACAUCUUCGCAGCGCACGAGGGAGUGUGUGUGUGAUUGUGCUUGAGACGGAGUAAACCUUCACAUUGAUAAUGAAAUUCGUUUACGCUGGCAUCUUGUCCAACCGUGGCUUAAUAAUAAUAUUAUUAUUAAUAAACGGACCUGGAAGGAUGCAGCUAUGAAAAAGUCACCUCAUAAGCAUCGGAUAUCAAGUUUAUUGCUACCAUGGCACCGGCCGAGGCUCAUUGGAACAUGUGGGAACAUGAUGCUAUUCACUCUGGGCAUGUUUGUGUCGACUGUCUUUUACCUACUGGAAUAUACGUGAAGCUCGCAAUACAGAGUGAUGCUACGCUUGGUGAGAUCAAGAUGGAGCUGUGGUCGCAGGCGAGAUGGCAUCCACUGUACAUUGACUUGCAGGAGAAGAGCAGCUACAUCUUCUCCUGCAUCAACCAGCAGGCAGAACAUGAGAUGCUGGUCGAUGAAACACAGAGACUGUCCGAGGUGCGACCCUUCAUGUCUGUACUCAAGGUCAUUGAGCAUAAGGAGGCAAAAGCGGAGCGACUGUUAAACAAUAAGAUCGGCAACAUCAUCGGAAAAGGACUGCACGAGUUUGACCAACUUCACAGCGACGAGAUGGACGACUUUCGCUGGAAGAUGCGGGAUUUCUGCGAGAAUAUAGCAAGAUCUCGUACCAUGAAGGAUGAGUUGGAGUUGCUAUGGCAACAGUUUCCCGCGGAGCUGGAUGACUCUCUGCCCCGGAUUGUGACUCCCAUCAGGGUGCAGAUAAUAUUCGGCGAGGCCCAAUCGACGUUCGUCUUUCAAGUGGACAGCAGCAGCAUGCCACGGCAGCUGAUACAGUGCGCCAUCGACAAGCGGCAGAAGCUAGGAGAGCGGCUGGGUGAUGCGUACAGCUUCGUUCUCCGUGUCUCAGGGCGGCGCGAGUAUCUCGUGAGAGAGUGUGAGCUGUGGGAGUACAAGUACAUCUACAAUAAGACAAACUCCAGUGAAACUCCCCAACUCGUCAUGGUUGAAAUGCAGAGUCUCUGGGGGAAUGAAGAAGAGGACAUAUAUGGCAUUGAGGACAUAGUGUUGAAACCGCACCCGCCGCAGAACGUUCAGCGGGAGCAGCCACCGUCGUUCUGUCUGUGGGACAUCACCGAUAAGUUCCACAUAACCGUGCAUCAGAUACUAAACCUCAACGUGCAACGACUGGAGGAUUCCGACAGUCACACAACAGGCAGUUCGGUUCAGCUGCUGGCUGGACUGUACCACGGCCGGGAGAGUCUGUGUGAGAACGUCUACUCACGAGAGGUACACGUCUUCAACGACUCCGCUCACUUCAAUGAGGACAUCGUGUUUGACAUAGAGGUACGGCACCUACCGAGAAUAACCAAGCUGUGCUUUGCCGUGUUUGAAGUACCGACCGGCCGUGACAGGAAGAAGCGAAAGAUGGAAGGCACGCCGUUAGCGUGGGUGAACACGACCGUCAUGGACUACCUAGCGCGACUCAGGACCGGCUCCCUCGUCAUCAAGAUGUGGAAGUAUCCCCAGGACACCGAUCAGGAAGAGUACCUGCAACCCCUCGACUAUAUGAAAGCACUACUACAGGCGUGGCAUCCAUUAAAACCUGAGGAGGCGAUGGAACUGCUGGAUUGUAACUACGCAGACAUGUGCGUCCGCCGGUUUGCCGUACAGAGCAUGGAAUCCAUCAGCGACGUCCAGUUGAUGCACUACCUACUGCAGCUUGUACAAGCUGUGAAACACGAAUGUUACCAUGAGAACGACCUCGUCGAAUUCCUCCUGAAGAGGGCGCUCAACAACAUGCACAUCGGCCAUCACUUCUUCUGGCUUCUCAGGUCUGAGAUGCACGACCCGACGAUUAGCGUGCGAUUCGGUGCGAUCCUGGAGGCUUAUUGCCGCGGCAACAUCCGCCACAUGAAGUCACUCGCCAAGCAGCUGGAGGCGAUGAAGAAGAUGGAGGCGCUAAGCAACAUGCUGAAGAGCGACGACAACCGACAGAAGGAUGUCAGAGAUGUAAACAUGAAAAGCUACCUGGCAGAAAAGUCCGUGCAUGAAACGCUGUCUGAAUUCGUCUGCCCAUUGUUGCCGAGUUACCAGCUAAAAGAUCUCAAUCUGGAUAAAUGCAAGAGCAUGGACUCCAAGAUGCGGCCUCUGAUGUUGGUCUUCUCCAAUCAAGAUCUCUAUGGCGACGACAUCAAGAUUAUCUUCAAGAGUGGAGACGACCUGCGACAGGACAUGCUCACACUGCAGCUCAUUCGACUUAUGGAUCAGAUUUGGAAGUUGGAAGGACUUGAUUUCAGGAUGAUUCCGUACGGAUGCCUGACGACGGGUAAGAACGUAGGUCUAAUUGAGGUCGUGCAGGAGGCAAGCACGAUCGCUAACAUCCAGAAGGAGUACAGCGGCGUCAGCGGCGCGUUUCAGAAGGAAUCUCUAUACAAGUGGCUGAAGAAGCAUCACCCGCUCGAGUCCAGCUUGAACAAAGCCAUAGAGACGUUCACUUCAUCCUGUGCUGGGUACUGUGUCGCCACCUACGUGCUAGGCAUCGGUGAUCGUCAUAGCGACAACAUCAUGCUGUGUAAGACUGGACAGCUGUUCCACAUUGACUUUGGCCACAUUCUCGGCAAUGUGAAGCGAUUCAUGUACAAUAUCAUCAAACGAGAGCGAGCACCCUUCGUACUCACGCACGACUUCGUGUUCGUCAUUACUAAAGGCCGAACGAAGAGAACAACCGAAUUUACUUGGUUCCAGCAGCGCUGUGAGAAGGCAUUCCUCAUCCUGCGUAAACACAGUCACCUCCUCAUCUCUCUCUUCGCAAUGAUGCUCUCAACCGGACUGCCAGAGCUACGCAAACCUGAAGACCUCAACUACCUGCAGGAGACGCUGUGUUUAGAUCGGAGUGAGGAGGAAGCCUUGCAACACUUCAAGACCAGCUUUAAUAACGCGCUGAAGAACAGCUGGUCAACAUCUCUCAACUGGGCAGCACACAACCUCAAGCGAAACAACAAGUAGUCCUAGCCGUGCAGCAACAUGUCGGGUGAGCGGGCGACAACGCGUGAAGCGAUCGAGCGCGUAGGAUGUUCAGCGUGAGCACAUGACAACGUGAAGUCUGUCUACGAACGUGAAGAUGCGUCUAAGAACAACCGCAAGGUUGUUCAGGAACUCUGGCACACCAAAUGUUCAUUUCGCCCGGUUGGACAACGAGGAUGUGUAUAGAUGGCAACGUUUACGUUAUCAACUGCCUGAAGGAAAUAACGGAAGGAAAGCACCCAUGAGGUGUUAACCUCAUGUUCCUUUUGGUCGUUGCCUAACGUCAUGGCCCACCAUGUUUUUUUUAUAUAUAUGCAAAGCUGUAUAUACUAGGAUGCUAUGUUGGAUCAACUAUGGUUACAUUAUUUGGUCAUUAUAGAUGACUUUACACUACACAAUUGAAGAUAUUUUGUGAUAAUCGCUUUUUAGCAGAACAAUGCAGUGGGAGCGCGUGACAGUAUAUGGUUUGUCUGUAGUGUUGAUCCCAACGGCCAAAAAGUAUAGAUUUUAUAUGGUUAUAUAUAGACAUAAUUCUAUAUAGGUAUGUAUAUAGAAAGCUCAAGUUAUUUGCGUAGAACAAUCAGCGGAGUCACCACUGUGUGGCUGGCGUUGGAUCACGUGGUGCAAUAAAUAUCUGUGGAUAAAUAUCACCGUGCUAACGGGUUUGAUGAUAGGUGGCCUUGCAUGUUACUGGAUGUUUUAUCUCGAUUUAGCCAAAGUUUUAUUAUAAUGCGCUCCUUUUAUAGAUAGGCAGCCCAUGGCCGUGUACAGUGUUCUGUUAGGUUCUGUAAUGUUGUAUCAUUGUGCCCUGUGUGUUAUCUAUCAUAGUGUAAAUGUUAUAUUGUUACAUCUUGAGUUGUAUCAUUACGCAUUCUGAAGUAUCAUUGUGCUCUGAGGGAUAUUUCAUCAUAUCUUGCAUAAUAUCAUGGGCACAUGACCUGUUACGUGUUGCGUAGCUGUUAAUAUGUGUGUUUUUGUGUUAUAUCAUUCAGUUUCGUGUCGUGUCGUUGCAUUCCGUGUGAUAAUUCCAUUACGUAACACGUGAUAAUAAGCAGAUGAUACGCGUCAUGAUUUCCACGUGUAUUCUUGAUGGGAAAUAGGGAAUUGUCAAGUGAAAGUUAAUUACUAUGUGAUAUAAUCGAUGAUCACCAGGUGAUAGGAAAAUUAAUUACAAUGUGAUAUGAAUACUGAUUAUCAGUUGAUAGGAAAGUCAGUUACAAUGUGAUACAGGUAUGGAUUGUCAGGUGAUAGAAAAGUUACUAGAUUAUAGAAAAAUUGUUUAAGAAAAGUUAAUUAUCGGUUAAAUUUCUUGAUGGAAUCACUAAAGCUCCAAACAGUGUUGGACACAGACCCCUACAUGGAAUGUUAUAUAAAUUGUCAGGAAGUGUUGCGGCAGCAGUCAACCGACGUAUGUUUACCGCUAUCUAUGCAAUCAAGUGCACAUAAACUGUAUAGUUUAUGUAGAAGCAGUUCGUGUGCUUUUGGUGUAGUCUGUUGUCUUUGACAGAAAAGCUAUAUACAGUUUUACAAUCUCAUGUACGAAACCCUGAGGUCAAAUGCGUUUCGAUAUUCGGAGCUUUUCGCUUUUAGCAUUAUAUAAUGACAUCGGAGCGGGUUAUGUGGCAGUACCCUGUAAGCAAACACACAAAUGUUUCAGCAGCAAACCGUGUGAAUAUUUACACUGAGCUGGAUUACAUAAAGACUGUAAAACAUAUUACAGUUGUUAUGUCACAUGUCACGUACAUAUGUGUCAUGUCGUGGUGCACGAGUCACACUUUACGAAAAACAUUUCGGUUUUCGGAGCUUUUCGAAUUUCGGAAUAGCGGAUGUGGGAUUGGGAAGGACCGGUAAUUGAAUUUGGUAUAAUAUUGCUCAAGCACACACCUGUUUCUUUAUAUAUUACGUGUGUGCGCGUGCCUACUUAUGUGUAUGUGCGCGUGUGUGUAUGUGUGUACACACUUGUACAUCUUCAUAGUAUAGAGAGUGUCUAGAGAUCUUUAUCUAUAGAUUGUUUACAGAGAGUAUCCGAUUCUACCGGUGAUAAUGCAUAUACACAUAUAUAUAUAUAGUUAUGCAUAUAUAUAUUACAUAUAGUAUAGUUACUAUGCCUGACUGCCUGAAGGCAUGUCCCGUACUGGCCACCGUGAAUGUAUGGCCGCUGUGUGGUUCUCUUCAUACCUCCUGAGUGAUUGGUUUCCCUACUAAAGUCCUCUCCAUGUUAUAGUCUCUACAUCUCUAAUAUCCAUCAUUUUCCUUCCCUAAGUUAUGUCAUCAGGAGAACAGUUACCAUGACUACUCAGGUACAUAUACGUAACGGUACGGAUAACAUGUAAUAAACAUGCUAAACAGGCGUAUAGCUAAUAUAUUGAGCGGGUUCUAUGAUCGUUCUGAUAUAAUUCGUAUUGCAAGUUGUCCAUACGAAAAAUACGAAGUAAGCGUUUGUAAUAAAGUUGAGCAUUUGUCGUGACGUGGAAGCUUUGAUAGCGACAGUGUGUGUGAUUGACAUCAUUGGUCGAUAGCAGUGGGUAUGACAGUCAGACGAUCGAUAAAUAUUGAUAAUCGUGGUGGCGCGUGAUAGGAAUAACUAAUAGAAUGUUCGUAAUAGCAUAACUGCGUAAUAGCAUAAAACUGUGUCUCAUGAUAGCAUGAAACUAUUGUCACGUUAGAGCGCAGAGCCGUAGGCUGAGCAAAUUUCUAGGAAGGGUAGUGGCAGAUCCAUGAUUUUAAGGAGGGGUGACAAACUGGUGGGGGGUCUGGGGGUCCUCCCACAGAAAUCUUUGAAAAUGUAGAUAGCAGGAGAUGGUAUUUGAGGCACUUUUAAGUACAUGUACAGCCUUCAUUCUGACUACGACUUUUCUUUAAGUAGAACAAUUUUUUGUUUUUUUUGUUCCAAAAUCUAGGGGGGCCUGGAGCAUUAUGGAUGUUCUAUAUGUGUGCUCAUGGCGAUAGAACAUGGAUUGUGAUGUGUACGCCUUUUGCUGCCCCCUCCCCACACACAUAGAUUAACGCACAAUUGCAUCCUUUUUCAGGUUACAUAGAAUUGUAGUAGCAUUCUACGGAUAAUACUUGUUCAUUAUGUAGUAAUAGACAUUUUAUUCCAUGUGUUUGUCUGUUAAUGCCAUGAAUUUACCAAUCUAUAACUGUCGAUGCGUUUCUCUCUCUCUAUCUCCCCCCCCCUCUAUCUCUAUUUUUCUAUUCCUCUCUCUUACCCGUCUCUCUCAAACUGUGUUUAUAGAUAUCCGCUGUUCGUAAACAGUUCGCACAUAACGGUUUGUUAUAUAAUAAAACAAAGAGCAUGGGUAUUCAUUCACAUGAUUGCGGUUUCAUGUGUGAUCAGGGUUUUCAACACUCCUGUGGUUUCGUUUUUCAUAAAUGUUAAUGCUGGGGGCAAUUUGGGGAAAUGUUUCAGUAUUAAGUGCUUUCAUUAUCGAUCCUUUGUUAUGAGUCAUAGAGUUUUGACAGUGAUGACAUAUGUUAAUUUGUAAGUUAAAACUACGUUAAGAAUAAAUAGACAAAUCGAAUAUUUUUGACACUGAAA